GCCAGCACUGCUCUGGGCCACCCUCGCUCUGUCCACUCUGACACGGUGUCCUCCUGUUGGGACAGGGCACGCGGAGCCGAGGGCAUCGCUGUGACCCGGACAGAAGUCCCCACACCCAGCUCCCUCCCCAGGAUGGAUGUGGAGCUCCCCCUUGGGGCUCACCUGCUGCUGCUCCUGCUUGUUGUGCCCCUCAGGGGCCAGGCCAGCCCAAGCUGCUACGGGAUCCCAGGGAUGCCAGGCCUGCCAGGGGCACCUGGCAAGGACGGCCACGACGGGCUGCGGGGGCCCAAGGGCGAGCCAGGAAUCCCAGCCAUCCCCGGGACUCGAGGACCCAAGGGGCAGAAGGGAGAGCCCGGCACACCAGGCCAUCCUGGGAAAAAUGGGCCCAUGGGAGCCCCUGGGAUACCAGGAAACCCAGGGCCCAGGGGCCCCACAGGGGAGCCGGGUGAGGAGGGCAGAUACAAGCAGAAGCACCAGUCCGUGUUCACGGUCACUCGGCAGACAGAGCAUUUUCCGGCAGCCAACGGCCUGGUCAAGUUCAACUCGGUCAUCACCAACCCACAGGGGGAUUAUGAUACAGCCACAGGCAAGUUCACCUGCAAAGUGCCAGGCCUGUACUACUUCGUCUACUACACUUCACAGAAAGCCAACCUGUGCGUGCAGCUGUUCCACAGCGGUGUCAGGGUGACCACCUUCUGCAACCACAUGCCCAGUAAUAGCAAGCCAGACAGCAAGCAAGUCAGCUCGGGUGGCGUGCUCCUGCACCUGAAGCAGGGCAAGCAGGUGUGGCUGGCUGUCAACGACUACAACGGCAUGGUGGGCACUGCAGGCUCCGACAGCGUCUUCUCAGGCUUCCUGCUCUUCCCUGAGGGCGCAGGGACCACGUCUCUGUCGUUCGUCACUGUGUCCCCAGGACCUAGUUCAGGGCCUGGUGGCGCGGCAAUGAAGACCCCAUGGGGUGACAUCUCAGCACGGCUGCUGCUGCUCUCAGUUCUGCUCCAUGCCUCCUGGGCCCAGAGCAGCUGCACUGGGCACCCAGCCAUCCCUGGCGUCCCUGGCCUCCCUGGGAUACCUGGCUCUGACGGCGAACCUGGAACCCCAGGAACCAAAGGAGAGAAAGGGGUCCCAGGGCUAGCUGGAGAUCAUGGUGAGUUUGGUGAGAAGGGCGACCCAGGGAUUCCCGGGAAUCCAGGAAAAGUCGGUCCCAAGGGCCCCAUCGGCCCUAAAGGAAUCCCAGGUCUCCCUGGAGGCCCUGGUCCUAAGGGUGAAUCUGGAGACUACAAGGCCACACAGAAAGUAGCCUUCUCUGCCUUGAAGACCCUCAACACUCCCCUGAGACCAAAGCAAGUCAUCCGCUUCGACAGUGUGAUCACCAACAUGAGCAGGAACUAUGAGCCUCGCAGUGGCAAGUUCACAUGCCAGGUGCCAGGUCUCUAUUACUUCAGCUACCAUGCCAGCUCUCGCGGGAACCUGUGUGUGAACCUCGUCCGGGGCCGGGAGCAGCCCCAGAAGGUGGUCACCUUCUGCGACUAUGCCCAGAACACCUUCCAGGUCACCACGGGCGGUGUGGUGCUCAAGCUGGACCAGGGUGAGAUGGUCUACCUAGAGGCCACCGACAAGAACUCCAUGCUGGGCAUGGAGGGGGCCAACAGCAUCUUCUCAGGCUUCCUCCUCUUCCCCGAUGUGGAGGUGUGACCUGCCAGGCCAAGCCCCAGUGACCUCCAUCACAGCUAACCAAAGCCACCCCUGCUGGCCACGCCCACCUCACCCUUG